CUGGUCUACUCGGGUGAUAAUUUGCGCCGUCGGCGGCUUCCAAUCGAAAAAUUUUCUAAUUAUUCUUCCCGCGUCGGCAACUCAGGCAAGCUCUCAGUCCGUCGUUAACCAUCAGACCCGACGCUUCGUACUUUCCCCUCUGCUUCCUGCUCUACCAUACCUCUGUAAUUAAAAAUGCCAACCAACACACAAGAAGGCUUCGCCACGAAAGCUAUUCAUGCAGGACAAGAUCCAUUCCAAUGGAAGCACUGCUCAGUCAUACCACCUCUGGUGAUGUCCACUACGUUUCGUCAAGACGGACCUGCCCAGCACAGAGGCUUCGAAUAUGGUCGAUCUGGUAAUCCAACUCGUAACGUUCUUGAAGCUUGCUUGGCUUCAAUCGAAGAUGCUAAACAUGCAGUGGUUUUCUCUUCCGGACUUGGUGCUACAACAGCGAUCACCUCUUUGCUCCAAGUAGGGGACCACAUUGUAUGUGGCGACGACGUUUACGGGGGUACCAAUAGAUUUUUCCAAAAAUGUGCCUCUAGGCAAGGCAUCAAGGUUACCUUUGUCGAUGCCACGAAUGUAAAAUCUGUGGAGCAAGCAUUACUACCAAGUACAAAGAUGGUAUGGUUGGAGACACCCACAAACCCUUUGUUGAAAUUAGCCGAUAUUGAAAGCGUAUCAAAAAUGCUUAAAGACAAACGUCCGGAAAUUCUACUAACGGUUGACAACACUUUCUUAACUUGCUAUUUCCAGCGACCUUUGGAAUAUGGUGCCGAUAUUGUCGUCUACUCCUUGACAAAGUACAUGAAUGGCCACUCAGACAUUAUUAUGGGUGCUGCUAUUACAAAGAGGGCUGAUAUUGAGGAAAAACUAAGAUUCAUACAAAAUGCCAUGGGGAUUGUUCCAUCUCCAUUUGAUUGUGCCCAAGUAAACCGUAGCCUGAAGACCUUAGAAUUGCGGAUGCAGCAGCAUCAAAAGAAUGGUCUUGCUGUAGCGAAAUUUUUAGAGAAACAUCAACACGUUGAAAAAGUAAUUCACCCACUUCUUCCCAGUCAUCCACAGCAUCAAUUGGCCUUGAAACAAACCAGUGGUCACAGUGGUAUGAUUUCCUUUUACUUGCGAGGAGACCCGACUAAAUUCUUGAAAGCUCUAAAGCUGUUCACUCUAGCUGAAUCCCUUGGAGGGUACGAGUCUCUCGCUGAGUUACCAUCCGUUAUGACUCAUGCAUCGGUACCGGAAGCUGAGCGAGAAAAACUAGGCAUCACUGAUCAACUUAUACGUUUGUCAGUUGGUCUUGAAUCUGAAAAGGAUAUUUUGGCAGACCUUGAUCAAGCAUUGAAAGCUGCACAAUGAAAUUGGUAACGGACUACAUAAUUUUUACACGAAAGAAGUACAAUUCACAAAAUUAACCAAGCAUUAGCAAUUAAAGUGCUUUAAUUGUGUUUUAAAAUUUUAAUAUCAAUGAACAAACAUGUUUGAAAUUAAAACUUCUCUCAAACAAUUAGACAUGUAAAUUUGCUAAAUCUCUUAGGUGCGAAAACUUAUAUGAAAAAAAAAAACGCUAAAGGCUUCCAUCUACAUACUACCAAUACGUCAAUUUGCUAAAUAUCAUCAUUUUAUACAAUUUAUCAUAAAUGUUUCACUUAUAAUUAUUGUUUGCUAUUCACUGUAGCAAAUAAAUUCUAGUGUUAUUAUUGUGUUGACUAGAACUGGGUAGUAUGUUCUCUAUUUUACUUACAACUGAAAGAUAGUGAUGAUUUCUCUAAUCUCAAACAGUAUCUGAUCCAACUUCACAAUUCUGAUUCACACUAUCAAUCUUUUGAAUGCUUUAAUACUUUUUUAACUAAUUUAAUUAAUAUAUAGAGCACUUUUUCUUGAUAAUAUUUUGUAACACUACCUUCAUUGCCUUUCACAAGAUAAGCCUUAAGUGAUCACGUUCACUUAGUUGUAAAAUGUAAUUGUUUAUUCAUGUAAUAUAAUAUAGGCUGUACCAAGUUAUCUACCGUGAGGAUAGGUCACUUUUUAGAGCCAUGUCAGCGCCAUAUGUCAUCGGAAAUUAAUAUAAUGCAAUCCUUGGUUUUAAUUGGUGCAAGUCGAUGCAAUAGUUACUAACAUAUUAUAGCAAAUAACCUGAACAGAAUAAAUUACAUACAACGAACCAGGGAGGCUGUUUGACUUGAUAAUCCGCAAAUAACUAGUCCGAAUGUAGUUGUACACAAUAUUUAUAUGCAUUUAGCUAUCUCAUUGCAUACAAGCGGAAAAAUAUAGAUGUUUGUUUUUGCUGACUAAAUUAAAUUUGUAGAAAUACGUAGUUAACACCAGGUAAAUUUUGAUUCAGGAUCAAACCGUGGUACAAAGUAGUAAUUUAUUUCAGGGUGUGCAUGAAAUGAUAUAUUAAAUGGAAAAAAAACGUGUUCCAUUUCUGUUUAUAAGUAUAUUUUGAAAGAAUUCACUUUAAAUAUUUAUUCAAUACGUUAAAAUACGGCCCCUGGUCCAUAUACAUACAUACAUGAAAUCCAGUAUUGUAAAUAACAAAUGAAAAUAAAUUAUUUUACUCGUUA